AUGGAGGAGAGAGUUAAAGCAGAAGAUUAUGCAAAUCAGCUACCAGAACACUUGUUGCAUCACAUCUUCUCUUAUCUUAGUAUUAAACAAAUUGUUCAGACUAGUGUGUUGUCAAAAGCUUGGUAUCGGGCAUGGAACACUCUCCAUAUUUUGGAAUUCAAUUUCUCCCACAUCUUUGAGCAAAACAGAGCUAAAUACAUGGAAACUGAAUCAACUUCCGACAUAAACAGACAACAACUGUAUGAUUUUGCUGAUCAAGUUUUGCUUACCCGGCGCCGGCAAAUGAUUAAUUUAAAGAAAUUUACAGUCCGUAUGCCAUGGUUUUACCUAACACCACAUACGGUGUCGGCAAUCGAUCGAUGGAUUGGCUAUGCUCUUGAGAGUCGUGUCAAAGAACUGAAAUUUGGAGCUGGUGCAUCUCACAAAGAUGAAAAUUUUAAGUAUAGCGUGCCACUAUCGGUCUUUGAUUCGAAAUGGAUGCAGGUUCUGUCUCUGUCUGACUGCAAGCUGAAGCUGCCAUUUUCUGGUAAUGUAAAGUUAUCUUGCCUGAAAAAAAUAGCUCUUAGAAAUGUCUAUGUGGAUGACAACUUUAUCAGAGAACUUCUUGCUGGUAGUCCUAUGCUUGAAUAUAUAUGUUUGCGUGAAGUUUUUGGUAUCAAGGAAUUAAAUGUAUUUGAUCUUGCGAAACUCGGAAAAAUCGCUAUUGAAAUGCUUCCUGAUCUUGAAAAACUGACAAUCAAUGCACCAAAACUUGAAACAAUUACAUGGAAAAUACAUAAGUGGCCUUUUAGCGUCAAUCUUGGUGAUUCUUGCAAAAAUUUAUCAUUCAGCCACGCUCCAUUUUCAGAUAAAUGGUUGAAUGAGCAGCUGACUAGGUUCCCUCAUCUUGAAAACCUGACAUUGUAUAUGUGCCCUUAUCUACAAAAGAUUGCGAUUUCAAAUCUUCUUGUUAGCGGGUUGUCUAUAAGUUGCUGCAGAGAUCUGCGUAUUGUUCGGAUUGAUGCACCUUGUUUACGCCACUUCACAUACGAGGGUGACAUUGUUCCAAUAUUGUCUUCUAUAAAUUGCAUCACUCUGUCAGAGGUUUCCUUGGAUUUUAAUUCGAAAUACAUGGACAACACUUGGUAUACCGAACUGAUUGAACUAUUGGCCAAUUUCAAUACUUGUUUCAAUGUAUUGAAAUAUGUGUUCACAAGCAUGACAGGAAGGCUGCAGUGGGUUGUUAUUCCAGAAGAAGUGAGAAAAAUGGUGGCUCCUCCGUUAAGUAAUGUUAAAGAAUUGAAUUUUCAUAUUUGGUCUCAAAGAAAAGCGGAAGCCCUUCCCAUGGUUCAACUUGAGGAUGCUAUGUCAUGGAUUGCUCCUCAUCCCAACAGUCUAUCCAUAUCCGUUGAUCAUCUCUAUAAGGGUGGGGUGGCGAGCAACCGUAAAUCUUUAAUCAGAGAGAGAGGCGGAGUAAACCCAGUGGUAGAGAAAGUCGACGUGAUGGCUAAGUGGGCAGUGUUCGAGCCAACAGGUCCAAGAAUUGAGAGAAAAUCCCAGUUACAUUUUCUGUCGUUGAAGGUGCUGAACCCUAAUGCCAGGUUUAAGUAA